ACUUGAAUACAAAAUUGUACAUCACGUAAAAAUUAUCAUUCUGCAAAUACUUGUUUCUGUUACAUGAGAGUUCCUAAACAAACAACUGUGAAAACUUUGCAUAAUAAUUUAAUAUAAAUAUGAACAUGAUCCCUUUUUGUGAUUUUUAGCAUUAGUUCUGUAAAACCUAUUUCCUGUUUAGUGCUCAUUUCCUCCUUAUUAGAUGUUCCAAUUGAUUUAAAUAAUCCCACCCCCCCGUACAUAUCUGAACCACAUUUACGACUCUUUUCUUUUGCACAUUGGCUUGACUGUCCCAUCUCAUGCAUCAUUCUUGUCUACGUUCUGCAAACUGUAAUGGAGCAGAACAUCUGUAUCAGCUUGUGUAUCUUUUGUGUGUUUCAGUCAGUGAUGGCUUUUAACAUCGAUCCUAUUUCCUGGAGAUAUUUCUCAGACCCCGCACGGAGCCAAAACACUGCUUUUGGCUAUAAGAUGAUACAGGAAGGAACCAGUCUGAUUGUGAGUGAUCCAUUAAUUCAAAUCAAUCAACAAAGAGGACAGAUUUAUAAUUGUCCUGUUGAGUCAACUCCUUGCAGACGACUUGUUAUUAAAGUUCCCCCUGAAGCUGUCAACAUGUCUCUUGGACUUUCCAUGAUUCAAGAUCCAUACUCUUCAAAACUGGCGAUUUGUGGACCAACCAUUCCAAAAAAGUGUGAAUCCAUUACCACUUACAAUGGCAUGUGCUUUGUUUAUCAAAACAGCAUGGCUAUAGGAAGCCCUGAACAGUCUAUACCAAGUUCUCUUAGAGACUGCCUUGGUCAGAUUGAUAUAGCUUUUUUGUUGGAUGGCUCUGGGAGUGUGGGUGCUGCAGAUUUUAUUAAAAUGAAAAUAUUUGUGGCAUCAAUGAUUAAACGUUUUACUGGGCGGGAUGCGCGGUUUGCCAUUGCACAGUAUUCCAAUGAUUGUUAUAUUCACUAUAAGUUUAAUCAACUCAACACUCAGGGCAUUAUGUGGGAAAAUGAAGUGUCCAGAAUACCAUAUAAAAUAGGUGGCACUUAUACUGCAGCUGCCAUCAAAACAGUUGUGGAUGUAAUAUUCGGAGAAGCAAGACAAUCAGCAACAAAAAUCUUGCUUGUAAUUACUGAUGGAGAGUCAAAUGACAGAGCUGAACUGCCAAAUGCAUCUAAGGAGGCAUCAAGAAAAAACAUCAUAUGUAUGGCGAUUGGGGUUGGCAGUGCUUUCAGUCAAAAUAGUGCAAAAGAGGAGUUGAACACAAUUGCUACUGACCCAGAUUCUGAUCAUGUAUUCAGAGUGACAGACUUUAAUGCACUAAAUAAUAUUCUUCAUAAACUAGAAGAGAAUAUUAUAGCUAUUGAAGGAACCCAAACGUCUGGGGAUUCCUCCAGAAUGGAGUUUGCACAGGAUGGAUUCAGCACAGCUUUUACAUCACGUGGAAAUGUGUUAGUGAGCGUCCCUGGAGCGUUUCAGUGGAAAGGUGGCUAUGAAGAAUAUUCUUCAAGCAAUGUCUUUAAAGCAGGCAUAGAGCAUGAUAGUUAUCUAGGUUAUUCAAUGGCAGAAGCAAACGUGUUAGGAAUCAUCUAUGCAAUACUUGGAGCACCAAGAUACCAGCAUAAAGGACAAGUUGUUGUUGAUGCUUUAACCAUACAACAGACAUUCUCACUGGAUUCUCCCAAGCCUCAGAUUGGGUCAUAUUUUGGAGCUGAGUUAUGUGUGGUGGAUUUGAACGCUGACAAGAAUACAGACCUUCUGUUGGUUUCAGCACCAACAUACACAGAGGGGGACAGAGAGGGCAAAGUAUUUGUAUACUCCUCACACUGGCGUGGCUUUACUUUCUCGAAUACGGAGCUUGUGGGCAUGGCAGGACAGAGGGGCAGAUUUGGCUCUUCUGUAUCCAGCCCAACAGAUCUAAAUAGGGAUGGUUUCAAUGAUAUAGUGAUUGGAGCUCCUUUAGAGGAUGAUGGACAAGGCAGCAUCUACAUCUUUAAUGGGAAAGUUAGAGGGAUCGUUUCAAAAUACUCACAGAGGAUUGGUGGAUCAUCAGUUCAAUCAGGUCUGCGACUUUUUGGGAUUUCAUUAAGCCAGUCCUCUUUAGACCAGAGUCGAGACAACCUGCCUGACAUUGCUGUUGGGUCAAUGGGAGCAGUUCUGCUUCUCAGGUCCAGACCCAUCAUGAUGUUGGAAACCAAAGUAAAUUACAACCCAUCAAAAAUCUCAACCAGUGAAACAGAUUGCACAAAGCCGUGUAUAAACACCCUAGAAGUUUGCUUCACCAUGAGUGGAUACAAACAUAACAUGCCAGAUUUAUCUGCAAAUAUUAUAUACACAAUAACACUGGAUUCCAAGCGUCUGAAAUAUCGAGCUUCCUUCUUGAAUAAAAAACGUAUCUUAAUUAAUGAGAUAACCCUCAAGUUGCCAGCAGGAGGAGUGGGUUGCAGUAAACAUGAUUUCUUUAUAGAGGGCUGUCCGGAAGAUGCUCUAAAUCCAUUGUCGAAUCAGUUAAAUUUCACAUUUGAGGGGCUUCCAUCUAACAUCAUGCAAGGUUUAAAGCCAAUACUUCUGCCUGAGAUUAAGAACACCACAGAUCAUAAUCUAGACUUUGAAAUAAACUGUGGACAGGAUAACAUCUGUAUUGAUGAUCUCAAAAUGGAUUUUAAUUUCACUGGAUCCACAAUCAUAGAGGUUGGGAUAAUGCAGGAGAUUAAUGUCACAGUGUUUGUAGGGAAUAGAGGAGAGAACUCAUACAACACUCACUUUAUCCUUGAGUACCCCUUAGGACUUUCCUAUAGGAAAAUCACCUCUAAACAGGGCAGAGUGGAGUGUACUUCUCAUGAUGGUGAGCAAGAAGGUAGUAUGGGACAAACAACCUGCUACAUCAGUAAACCCAUUCUUAAGGCCAAUGCUGAGGCUGUGUUUGAGAUUACAUACAGUAUUAGUAAAGAAAUUAAAUUUGGGGAAACCGUGAACUUUGCUGCUGAGGUCAAAAGUGGAAAUGGUAACCACUCUAAAAACAGCAUAUUAUUUCAAAAGAAAACUAUUGUUGUAAAAUAUGCCAUAUAUAUUGCUUUGAUAAGGCAUGAAAAUUCCACUAUCCACAUAAAUUUUACUGCAGGGAAAAAGGAUCUCAAGAAGCCUAUCAUGCAGAUAUUAAAGGUUUAUAAUGACCUGAGAGAAACAAAUUUUACAGUUUUCAUCAGUGUACCAAUGAAACUGGGUGAUGUGGCCAUCUGGACUAAUUCUGACUUUCAAAUUUCAGGCUGCAAGAGGAACCUGUCAGAGCAGCAGCCUGUCAUGACCAAACGGGAAAUUAAGGAAGUCAUAAAAAAGCAUCGUGUGGUGAACUGCUCUGUUGCUGUGUGUGCUGUGUUCACAUGCGAUGUGAAUCUGAUGAGAAAUGAAAGGAUACUUUAUAAUAUCUCUGGCAAUGUAAGCUCUGGGUGGAUUGAGCAGACUGACCUCAAAGCUGCUGUUUUUGAAUUGGUCAGUACAGCAUUUAUGGAUUAUGACAAGAGCAAAUAUGUUUUCUUUUCUACUGAUUCCAGGCACUCUAGACCAACUGUUCAGAUUAUUACCCAAGUGGAGGUAUACGCGGAGGUUGAUCUCACUAAAGAAAUCAUUGGAGGGGUCAUAGGAGGACUAUUGCUAAUGGCUCUCAUCACAGCGGCUCUCUAUAAAGCUGGUUUCUUUAAAAGCGAAUACAAGCAAAUGCUGGAGGAAGCACAGGGAGCUGCAGGGGCGGAGACAGCAGAAUAAUGGCAUCCGAACUCCAAAAAAUGCGUAGUUUCAAAAGAUAAUCUAUCAUUCAUAUGAUGAGUUAUCGUUAUGUAAAUUAUAUUUUGUGUACUGUAUGUAAGAACGGCGCUUCCCAAACCAUGUUCAUCGGCCUCGGGUGGGCUAUAGGGGUAUUGCAGGGGGCGUCUGGUAAAAUAUUCAAUUAAAAAUAGAAUUCUGGGUUUUAAUGCAAUUGACAUGUAAACUAACUUGGCACUUUGAUGUCAUUUUCAAAUUUCAUGCAGAGGGUUUAUAAUAUAUUUUAAAUUCAAAUGUGUACUUUGUCUUACCUUGCCUACCAUGGAUUUUGGGAAGCUCUGUUCUUCUAAUACACGGCAUUGAUUGCUUUGUGAGCUUGAAAAAAAAAUGAAUGAAAUAAUGUCUAACCACUCAGAGUAACAAAAUAGUUUUGCAUUAUUUAUGUAUUUUGUCCUAGGAAUUAAUAAUGAAACCCGUUUAGCUUUCAACUAGUUUGGAUGAUUUUCUUUACAUUUCUUGUUAGAUGGUUUGUUUUGCUUUGAGUUUUUUUUUUGCGUAAAAUAUUGAAGUUUGCACAAAAUGUCAUUUUUUUAUUAAAAAAACACUUAACCUAUUAAGAGCAUAUAUACAGCUUAAUUUCAUAAAUUUUAUUACAAUAAUUUCUAUUAAUUUUAUUAAUAUUUAGCUGCAUGCUAUGACUGAAAUAUUGAUAAUGGCUGUAAUUAUGCAACUUUUCUAUUUAGUAUAGUACUGUAGACCAGUGGUUCUCAACAGGGGGGCCGUGCCCCACAUGGGGGCCCCAUGCUGACUUCCAAGGAGUCCUCACGAUAACCAAUAUUUUAAAAUUAGACUACAAUUAUAAUGAAUAAACAUUUUUCCAGUUAAUGUCAAGCUCUAAACUUCUAUUUGGUUGAAAUGUUGAGGUUUUGUGAGUGGGAGGGAGGCCUUUGAACAUUGUUGAACACAAUGGGGGGCCUUGGACUCAAAAAGGUUGAGAACCCCUGCUGUAGUCCUUUAUGUGUUAUGCCUUUAUAAAAUGUGUAUUUUGCAUUUUGUUAUUAAAAUCCUCAUAAAAACAAAAA